AUGUGCAUAAGGCAGCUUUUCCAGUCCUCGCAGCUCCAGCGGGCUUGGAAGGCAGCCUUCCUGAAACACAGCCAGCGCAGGCACCAUGGAGCUCGGCGAUGGACACAUUCUGGAAGCGGCACGUACAGAGCGGUGAUUUUUGACAUGGGUGGAGUUCUCAUUCCUUCUCCAGGGAGAGUGGCUUCAGAAUGGGAGGUACAAAAUCAAAUCCCUUCCGGAACUAUAUUGAAGGCCUUCAUCUCAGGUGGUGAGAAUGGGCCCUGGAUGAAAUUUAUGAGAGCAGAGAUAACAACAGAGGAUUUCUUACAAGCAUUUGGGAGACUUUGCUCUGAAAUUUCAAGGACCUCCGUGCCUGUGGAUUCCUUUUUCUCUCUGCUGACCAGUGAGCGAGUGGCGAAGCAGUUCCCAGUGAUGACUGAGGCCAUAACUCAAAUUCGAGCAAGAGGCCUUCAGACUGCAGUCCUGAGCAAUAACUUUUAUCUUCCCGAUGGGAAAAGCUUUUUGCCCCUGGACCGGAAACAGUUUGAUGUGGUCGUGGAAUCCUGCCUGGAAGGUGUCUGCAAGCCGGACCCCAGGAUAUACAAGCUGUGCUUGGAGCGGCUUGGCCUGCAGCCUUCUGAGUCCAUCUUUCUUGACGACCUUGGACAGAAUCUAAAAGCAGCUGCCAGCCUUGGUAUUCACACCAUUAAGGUUAAUGACCCAGAGACUGCGGUAAAGGAACUGGAAACUCUUCUGGGUUUUAUGCUGAGAAAGGUUGUUCCAAACACUCGCCCUGUGAGAAGGACAAUGGAAAUUCCAAAAGACUCCCUGGAGAAGUACCUCAGAGACUUACUGGGGACCCAAACCACAGGCCCAUUGGAACUCCUCCAGUUUGAUCACGGGCAGUCAAAUCCAACCUACUAUGUCAAGCUGGCUAACCACCAACUGGUUCUGAGGAAGAAACCCCCGGGGACGCUCCUUCCAUCUGCCCAUGCAAUUGAGAGGGAGUUCAGGGUAAUGAAAGCCCUUGCGAAUGCUGGAGUCCCUGUGCCCAAAGUUCUUGACCUCUGUGAAGAUUCAAGGGUCAUCGGCACCCCCUUCUAUCUGAUGGAGUACUGCCCAGGCGUCAUCUACAAAGACCCCUCUCUGCCUGGCUUGGAGCCCAGCCAGAGGCGGGCCAUCUACACUGCCAUGAACAGAGUCUUGUGCAACAUUCAUAGUGUGGACGUCAAGGCCGCGGGCCUGGAGGACUAUGGGAAACACGGGGACUAUAUUCCACGCCAGGUGCAAACAUGGAUCAAACAGUAUCGAGCCUCGGAGACCAGCGCCAUCCCAGCCAUGGAGAGGCUCAUCGAGUGGCUGCCGCUCCACCUCCCCAGGCAGCAGAGGACCACGGUGGUGCAUGGGGACUUCAGACUGGACAACCUGCUGUUCCAUCCGGAAAAGAACGAGGUGCUUGCAGUCCUGGACUGGGAACUUUCUACCUUAGGCGACCCCCUUGCGGAUGUGGCCUACAGCUGCCUGGCUCACUACCUGCCCUCCGGGUUUCCCAUUCAGCCAGGUUUGAGUGACUGUAAUUUGACGGAUCUGGGAAUCCCGACCGUAGAGGAGUAUUUCAGGAUGUACUGUCUUCACAUGGGGAUCCCUCCCACCGAGAACUGGAACUUCUACUUGGCUUUCUCCUUCUUCCGCAUAGCCGCAAUCCUGCAGGGGGUCUACAAACGCUCCCUCACAGGGCAGGCAAGCUCGGCGACCGCAGAACAGAGUGGAAAGCUGACUGAAUUUAUGUCUAAUCUCGCAUGGGAUUUCGCAGUCAAAGAAGGGUUCCGGGUUUUCAAAGAGAUGCCGGCCACCAAACCGUUAACGAGGUCCCAUCACACAUGGGCCAGGCCACAGUCCCUGCUGAGGCCCCCAGGCACGAGGAGUUAUGUCACCUUGACAGACUCUUCCCCAGCUCAUGCCACCAGGGGGGCGCUGGUCAUCUCUCCGGAAGGCCUUUCCCCACCAGUCAGGGAGCUGUAUCAGCGGCUGAAGCACUUUAUGGAGAGACACGUGUACCCCGCUGAGCCAGAGCUGCGGAGUCACCAGGCCUCGGCCGAGAGGUGGACCCCUUCCCCGCUGGUUGAAGAUCUCAAGGAGAAAGCCAGGGCUGAAGGACUUUGGAACCUUUUCCUACCCGUGGAGGCCGAUCCCGAGAAAAAAUACGGAGCAGGACUGACCAACGUGGAGUACGCCCAUUUGUGUGAACUCAUGGGCACGUCUCUGUACGCUCCCGAGAUCUUUAACUGUUCUGCUCCAGACACAGGGAACAUGGAGCUGCUGGUGCGAUACGGCACCGAGGAGCAGAAGGCCCGCUGGCUGAUCCCGUUGCUGGAGGGAAAGGCCCGCUCCUGUUUUGCUAUGACUGAGCCCCAGGUUGCCUCCUCAGAUGCCACCAACAUUGAGUCUUCCAUCCGAGAGGAGGAUGGUUUCUAUGUCAUAAACGGUCACAAGUGGUGGAUCACAGGCAUCCUGGAUCCUCGCUGCCAACUCUGUGUGUUUAUGGGAAAAACAGACCCACAUGCCCCACGCCAUCAGCAGCAGUCUGUGCUCUUGGUUCCCAUGGAUACCCCGGGGAUAAAAAUCAUCCGGCCUCUGACCGUGUAUGGGCUGGAGGACGCACCAGGUGGCCAUGGUGAAGUCCUGUUCGAGCAGGUGCGUGUGCCCAAGGAGAACAUGGUCCUGGGCCCCGGCCGGGGCUUUGAGAUCGCCCAGGGCCGACUGGGCCCGGGCAGGAUCCACCACUGCAUGCGGCUGAUUGGGUACUCGGAGCAGGCGCUGGCGCUCAUGAAGGCCCGAGUGAAGUCCCGCGUGGCCUUCGGGAAGCCCCUGGUAGAGCAGGGCACGCUCCUGGCAGACAUUGCCCAGUCCCGCGUGGAGAUUGAGCAGGCCCGGCUGCUGGUGCUGAAAGCUGCCCACCUCAUGGACGUGGCGGGAAGUAAGGCCGCAGCUUUGGAUAUUGCCAUGAUUAAAAUGGUGGCCCCAUCCAUGGCCUACCGAGUGAUUGAUCGUGCCAUUCAGGCCUUCGGAGCAGCAGGGCUGAGCAGUGACUACCCACUGGCUCAGUUUUCGGCCUGGGCCCGAGCGCUGCGCUUUGCCGACGGCCCUGAUGAGGUGCACCGGGCGGCAGUGGCCAAGAUGGAGUUGAAGCACCGCGUUUAGACCUGCAGACUACAGGAGCCUGAAUGUCCCUGCUGGGCCUGGGUUUCCCAAAACUUUAAAGAUGCACUUUGAAAGGCCUGGUAUGUGUGAUUCUUGCACCCUGCCCGGAAGCUCUGUUCUGGAACCAUCACUGUGAACUCAACCUUGUUGGGUCCCCGUGGAAAAAGCAUUUCAGCGAGAAGCCUGUUUUAGGCAAGUAGGAGUGGGAUUAGCCAAGAGCUGAGUGGGCUUUGGUAUAGAGCCUGGAAGAUUUAGCCCAGGCCCCAUUCUCUCUGGCUCUGGUGCAUGAAGACUGUGGGAAUCUAGACAAAUGCUACGAACCCUGCUGGGGCGGUGUGCCUGUAUUUGCUCCCAAUAUGGGGGCCUCCUGCUCUGUGCCUUCCCAUCCCCCGAACCCCCAGCUGAUGGCUGCAGCCUGCAGACCCAGGGUGGGAGUGCUCCGGGGAAGAAAGAAUGAAACCAUAAUCAUGAAGCCACUGCCGUCUGAUUUUCUUCCUUUGAAUGUCCAAAACACAGAACACUGAGAUGUUAUUUUGGAAAGGGGCUUUGGAAACACAAAAGAACAAGAAAAUGCACCUCACAGGCUUUGUGAAUGUUCUAUGUCAUACACAAGGAAUGGAGAAUAAAGGCUCACGCUUCUGCC